AUGAAGUCCUACCACGGACUGGUUGCGUGGCUUUUCGAGCUCUGCUCCUCCGUGCAGCCACCGUCCCUGAAGUACUGGGACACAGGUGGCGGCAGUGGAGGUGAGCCAGACGUUGACCUCGAACGGGCCGAAACUGGCGCCCUGCAUCAGGGCAUCCUCUCGGGAGAUUGCGCCGUGCUUUUCGUGGCCAACAAAUGCGAUCUUCAGGAAAAGGGGGUGCUCGAGAACUUUGCCAAGAGCAAGCCUAGGCCCAACCCGCCGGAGAAGCCGCCACUCAUCGAUCGACUUCUCGGAGGUGGCAGCGGAGAUGCUUUUCUCCAAGGCUACCGGAGGUCUCCGGCUGAAUGGCAGCUCCUGGACAAGCUCUGCGACUUCGUCCUGAGGGGUCAGCAUACAGAGGCCUGCUGCAGGGAAGGAAAGCUACGCUUUGACUUUUCCACGUGGAAGAACUUCGUGCGUCAAGUCUACCAGGCCAAGCACCGAGCGACACCAAAGCGGUGA